UCCUUGGAGCAAAGGCCAAAAGUCUUGAUUCUUGAACUUGGCGCCUGAGAAACCCUCCGUUGAGUCGCUUCCCUCUCUUCUAGGGUUUUAGCCUAUCCGGUUCUGAAACCCUAAGACCAUCAAGCUUCUCCCCUCUUGGGCAUGUCUGCGUUGUGCCAUUCUACCUUACCCACCUCUAACCCUGCCUUUAUCAUGUCUCUCUCCUCCACUCUCCGUCUCUCUACUUCCCUCCUCCGCCGCUCCCUCAACCCCACCCGUCUCUUCCGUUUCCCGCAAUCCGACCCACUUCGUCUAUCCCGCCACGAACUCGCCGGAGCUCGGUUCUUCUCCUCUCGCACUUCUCGGCCCGUCCGUGUCGUCGGCGCCGCAAAGCGCGCGGACGAGCAGUUCAAUGAGGAGAACAAAGGAGCCAACAAUGGCGGUUUGUCGGCUUCUGGGGGUGAUAGCUACGGUCCACGUGUUGUGUCCACCGAGCUUCACAAGGAGGCUACUGAAUCGUACAUGGCGUAUGCGCUCUCCGUUUUGCUUGGUCGAGCACUGCCUGAUGUUAGAGACGGUCUGAAGCCUGUUCAUCGAAGAAUUCUUUAUGCGAUGCAUGAGUUGGGACUGUCUUCGAGAAAGCCAUUCAAGAAAUGUGCUCGAGUUGUUGGAGAGGUUUUAGGUAAAUUUCAUCCGCAUGGAGAUACAGCAGUUUAUGAUUCACUUGUCCGGAUGGCCCAGGAUUUCUCCUUGAGAUGCCCCCUUAUCCAAGGCCACGGAAAUUUUGGUUCCAUAGAUGCAGACCCUCCUGCUGCUAUGCGUUACACCGAAUGCAGGCUCGAUGCUCUGUCAGAAGCUAUGCUAUUAGCUGAUCUUGAUCAAGAUACGGUCGAUUAUUUGGAUAACUUUGAUAAUUCUCAAAAAGAGCCAUCAGUGUUACCUGCACGUCUUCCUGCUUUAUUGCUGAAUGGUGCUUCGGGGAUUGCGGUUGGGAUGGCAACAAAUAUUCCUCCUCAUAAUCUUGGAGAGUUGGUAGAUGUGCUUUGUGCUUUAAUCCGUAAUCCUGAAGCCACGCUGCAAGAACUGUUGGAAUACAUGCCUGGGCCUGACUUCCCUACUGGGGGAAUAAUCAUGGGAAACCUCGGGAUUUUAGAUGCUUACCGCACUGGUCGAGGACGUGUUGUAGUCAGAGGAAAAACUGAAGUUGAAUUGCUGGAUCCAAAAACAAAGCGCAAUGCGGUUAUUAUUAAAGAGAUUCCUUACCAGACAAACAAAGCUUCGCUGGUUGAGAAGAUUGCUGAGCUUGUUGAAAAUAAGACACUAGAGGGCAUUAGUGACAUACGUGAUGAGAGUGAUCGUACUGGGAUGCGAGUGGUUAUUGAGAUCAAACGAGGAGUAGAUCCUGCACUUGUUCUAAACAACCUUUAUCGUCAUACCGCUCUUCAGUCCAGCUUCAGCUGCAACAUGGUCAGCAUUAUUGAUGGAGAACCUAAACAGACGGGUCUCAAAGAAAUACUUCAGGCAUUUCUAGAUUUCAGAUGCUCUGUUGUGGAAAGACGUGCAAGGUUCAAGCUUUCACAAGCUCAACAGAGAAAGCAUAUUGUUGAGGGUAUUGCGGUCGGACUAGAUAAUUUGGAUAGGGUAAUCCAGAUUAUUAGAGAGGCCUCAAGUCACUCCUCUGCUGCUGCUGGUUUGCGAAAUGAAUUUGGUCUUUCUGAGAAACAAGCUGAGGCAAUAAUGGAAAUAAGCCUUAGAAGACUCACUCUUCUUGAGCGAAAAAAAUUCACGGGCGAGAGUAAUUCCCUGUCGGAGCAAAUUGCAAAUUUGGAGGAGCUGUUAUCAAGCAGAACUAAUAUAUUACAGGUAAUCGAACAAGAAGCAAUAGAGCUGAAGGACAGAUUCUCAGGCCCCAGGCGCUCAGUGCUCGAGGAUUCUGAUAGUGGUGAACUGGAAGAUAUCGAUGUCAUUCCAAAUGAAGAGAUGCUUUUGGCAAUCAGUGAAAAGGGCUAUGUUAAGAGGAUGAAGGCUAAUACAUUCAAUCUUCAGCAUCGUGGCACUAUUGGUAAAUCCGUUGGAAAACUGAGAGUUGAUGAUACAAUGUCGGAUUUUCUUGUUUGCCAUGCACAUGACCAUGUCCUCUUUUUCAGUGAUCGUGGUAUAGUCUACUCGUCCCGGGCAUAUAAAAUUCCGGAAUGUUCCCGUAAUGCAGCCGGGACACCAUUGGUUCAGAUCAUAUCUCUUUCGAGUGGAGAAAGAAUAACUUCAAUCGUUCCUGUUAGUGAGUUUGGCCAAGAUCGUUAUCUUCUGAUGCUUACGAUGAAUGGAUUCAUCAAGAAAGUUGCUGUGAAUUUGUUCUCUGGAAUACGUUCAACUGGAAUCAUAGCAAUUCAAUUGCUUCCUGGAGAUGAAUUGAAAUGGGUUCGAUGUUGCUCAAGUGACGACCUUGUGGCGAUGGCAUCUCUGAAAGGAAUGGUCAUCCUUAGUUCAUGUGAUGGUGUUCGAACCCUUAGCAGAAAUACAAAGGGAGUAACUGCAAUGAGACUUAAACAAGGUGAUAAGAUGGCGAGCAUGGACAUUAUACCAGCUUCCCUACGUAAAGAUAUGGAGAAGAAGUCGGAAGAUCAAUCUAGCGAUAGGAAGAGCUGCAGUGGUGGUCCAUGGCUAUUGUUUGUGUGCGAGAGUGGCUAUGGAAAGCGUGUUCCAGUGAGUAGCUUCCGGAUGUCGCCAUUGUACAGAGUUGGCUUAGCUGGUUACAAGUUUGGGUCCAAUGAUCGUUUGGCUGCUGUUUUCGUGGUCGGUUACUCCUUAGCAGAGGAUGGAGAGAGUGAUGAACAAGUAGUUCUAGUGAGCCAUAGUGGAACUGUCAACCGAAUCAAAGUCAGGGACAUCUCCAUCCGUUCUCGUCGCGCUCGGGGGGUGAUUCUAAUGCGGCUAGAUCACACCGGAAAGAUUCAAUCAGCGUCUUUGAUCUCGGGAGCAGAGGAACAAAGCGAAGGAAUACCUCCUAACGAUGACACUGAAGGUCAAGAAUCUGAAUCAUCCCGAGAGGUUUCUGCAAGCCUGUAAAUUUCUGUUUAUCUUUCUUCUGGAUGUCGCCAUUAUAUAUGCGAAGAGUGUGCCAUCUUGUUUGGGAAUUCCGACAACCUUGCGGUUGAGUAGGAGACAAUCCCAGUACAGGUUGAUCAGUAACACAGUGGUCAUGUUGUUGUUCCCUUAUCUAAUGUCUCUGCAACUAGAAAAAGGAGGAAGUCGACGCAUUUUCA